UUUAAAAUUAUGCAGAACUUAUAUUGUUUUACAGUAAUUAGGAAAGAUUCUGGUGCUAGUACUAUAUGCCGGAAAAAGAAAAUAGAAGUGGUUGAACAAAUUAGUUUGAAGAUGAUCAAAAUAAGUUGUCAAUGCAACUAAUAAGGCUAUGUUCUUUUGGAGUGAACUAAACUGAAUUUGUCUAAACGGAAUGAAAAUUGUGAAAGGAAACUAACUGAAGUGAACUGACAUGACCUGAAUUUGUCUAAACUGAAGUAAAUUUUCAUUAAUUCAGUCAAAAGAACAUAGCCUUAUCGGAGUUUUGAAGUAUUAAACCAAAUACUACAUCUUUAUAUUGCAAUUUGUUGCAAUUUGUAGUAUAUUGCCGACUUAAACCAAGUAAGUAGUAUAUUGCAAUUUGUUAUCAACGGUAGUAUUUUUCAAUGAGUCCAAUUAUUGUUGUCUGGCCAUCUUGGCUCUCAGAAUAUUUAAUUUUGACUUGUAUAAAGGCAUGAUUAGUUAAUCUUAGUCUCUUAAUCAUGUAGGUGAGUAUGUAUAUUUAGACAAGUCAAUGAAAUUAACGGAAGUGUAUUAGUGGGGCGUGACAGCCAAUAAUGAAUGUGAGUACUAAGCACACACAAUCCUCAACGUGUUCAUUAUACAUACGGGUGUACUUGAAGAUAUGUACGUUGAAGGCAAAUUUUAGAUGUCUCAUAUACCCUUUAGAAUAAAGUGUCCCUAGAUUCGUCCUCUUGAACAUAUAUUUUGCCUUUCGGGUGCCUAUUUCUAAGUACGCGCAAGUUUAUUUAGGAAGAGGUACAAUAUCUCAGUGUUAGGUGUUACAUAAUACAAUAAUGGAAUUCAAAAUACCCAAACAACCAUCAACUUGUGUAUAUUCACUUAUAAAAGCCAAGGAAAGCUACGCUGAAAUUAUAAGGGAACUCCCAGCACCUUACAUUUUAUAUCUAACAGCAUCGUAGACUUUUCAGAGGAUGUGGAAUUUUCUAGCUAAGUUGACUAAAAGUGGUUGACCUGGCUAAUGUUGAGAGGGGACAAAUGCAAAAACUCUGAUGCAUUAUGCAAUAAUAAUCGAUUUAAGGAGCCAGAUUACAAACUAGAAAUAGACAAGAGGAAUAGAGGGUCAAAAUAAUAGACAUCAGAGAAGGAGGUACCAACAAUGGCGGAAUCCAUUAUAUCUGGUGUAAUUGUGAAGCUUUUGGAGUAUUUGGGUCGAUCAGGUGUUGAAGUUAUAUCCUCCUAUUUGGGUGGAAAACGUAAACUGAAAGAGCUUCACAGGACGAUGAGGCUUAUCCAAGCUCCUCUUCUAGAUGCAGAGAGGCGAGGUGAAGGUGACAAUGAAGCUGUGGUCAAAGAGUGGUUGAAAAGAUUAAAAGAUUUAAUCUAUCGAUUGGAAGACUUGUUUGAAGUGGUGGCUAUGGUUGAUGAUGUGGAUGAACAAAUUCCGGAAGCUAAGUUAACCAAUUACUUGUGUAUUUUAUGUUCAUCUCCAAAUCCUGUUAAGAUAAAUAAAACAGUUGCGAGAGAGGCUAAGGAAAUAAUUGGGGAGUUGAAUGCUAUUAGAUCAGAUAUGUCUAGCCUUAACCUUAGGGUGCUUUCUCUUGAGGAGCAACAUCUGCUAAGUUUGAUGAAUGGGAGAGAAACACAGUCUUUUAUCUUGGAGGAAGAGGUGAUUGGUAGACACAAUGAUAAAAAUGUGAUCAUACAGAUGCUUUUGGAUGCUGAUCUUGCUGAAGCAAGUGUGUCUAUCAUUCCAAUCGUUGGUAUUGGUGGGCUAGGGAAAACUACACUUGCUCAACUUGCUUAUAAUGACAAACUUGUUAAGCUGCAUUUUGAGCUAAGAGGUUGGGCAUGCAUUGCUGGAGUAUCUAGUGUGGAAGAGCUAGCUAGGAAAAUUCUGAAAGCUUUUACUGAUGAUGAUUAUCAGCAGCUCAACAUGGAACAACUUCAAUUAAGCCUUCGUGAAGUUGUAGAUGAUAGCAGAUACUUGCUUGUAUUAGAUGAUAUGUGGGAUGAAGACCGAGAGAGAUGGCUUAUUUUGAAGCGGCUGUUGUUCAGAGGUAAACGAGGAAGUAAAAUUAUUGUAACCUCAAGGUCUGGGGUGGUUGCUCAGAAUUUGCGCACAGUCAAUCCCUAUGAAUUAGGAGGCUUGCAAGAGGACGAGUCGUGGGAUUUGUUUAAAAGCCUAGCAUUCAAGGAAGGACAACUGAAGAAAAAUCCAAAUCUUACAAGCAUUGGCGUAGAGAUUGUUAAGAAGUGCGCCAAUGUUCCACUUGCUAUAAGGACCAUUGCUGGCAUUCUCUAUUCUAAAGAUACUGAGCAGGAAUGGGAGUAUUUCAAGGAUAGCGAGCUCAGACUGAUGGAACAAAACGACAGCAGCAUCAUGUCAACAUUGAAGUUGAGCUACAACCACCUACCAUCACAUCUAAAGCAGUGCUUUGCUUAUUGCUCCUUGUUUCCAAAGGAUCAUGAAAUCGAUAAGCAAUGUCUGAUUUACCUUUGGAUGGCCCAAGGGUUCAUUAGGUCAUCAAAUGGAAAUGAAAGCCUUGAGGACGUUGGUCAUGCAUAUUUCAUGGAAUUGCUUCGAAGAUCUUUCUUUCAAGAUAUUACACGGAAUGAGUACGAUGAUAUAAUUAGCUGCAAGAUGCACAGUUUAAUGAAUGAUUUGGCGAGAAAUAUGGCAUCAGAUGACUGUCUUUUGGUAGAAAGCCCUAAGCAGCAGAUUAGUGACUGUACUCGCCACUUGAGCUUGAUUGCCGGAUCACCAAUUGAAGCUGCAUCAGGGUUGCUAGCUGCCAAGAAGAUGCGAUCGCUUAUUCUCCUGUCAGAUUUUGCUGUACAAAAUGUUGAUAAAAUCUUUACAAGUAUGAGAUGCUUACGCUCAUUGGACUUGUCCAAUGCGAGCUGUAAAAGCCUUCCGAAAUCCAUGGAGGAGCUGAAGCACCUAAGAUAUGUCAGACUUGGCUCACAUCUAGAAUCUUUGCCUUCUGGCAUCACAAAGCUAAGGAACUUGUGUACACUUGAUAUCAGGAGGUGUUACAAGCUUAAGGAAUUGCCUAGAGGCUUUAAUAAAUUAACAAAACUCAGGAACUUGCAUAAUGGAGAGAGAUUGAUUGAUAUGCCACCUGGAUUUGGGCAAUUAACAUCUCUCAGGGGAUUAGAUAUAUUUAUAGUGGGGGAAAAUAAUGGGGUAGAUGCAUUGUCUAGCUUGAAUAAUCUUGCUGGAGAGCUGAAAAUUCGUUAUGUGAAAUAUCGUCAGAAUGCUGUCGCAGAAGCCAGAGCAGCAAACUUGAAGGACAAGAAAAUAAAAAACUUAUUCUUGACAUGGUCAUCAGCAGAUGUAGAGCACGUUGCUCAUGCUGAUGAAGAGGAAGAAGUGUUAAAGUUGUUGCAGCCCCCUCCAUCUGUCAAACGUCUUAAAGUUUGGAACUGGAAAGGAGUGCGGUUUCCAGAAUGGGGGAUGGAGGAGUUCCCUUUUCUUGUUUCUAUAUCUAUUAGAUCCUGCAACAGAUGUUGUCAUCUCCCAAGCUUCAGUAAACUUCCUCAUCUCAGAUUUCUUCGUCUUUGGGAUCUUGGUGCCUUGGAGUACAUAGAGAGCGAUGGCCACGAUAAUCGGACAUCUUCUGCAAUGGCAUACUUCCCCUCAUUAGAGUCUUUGCUGCUGUUAAAUUUACCCGAGUUAAAGGGAUGGUCAAGACUAGAGGAUGAUAUAAAUUGUCAAAUAAAUGGUUAUCAUCAUCAUAACUCUCUGUCGCAUAGGCCAUUCUUUCCGUGUCUUUCAGAACUUGGAAUAGAAGGUUGCCCCAAGCUGAUGUCGAUCCCUGUGGUACCGAAGCUUGAGUCCCUGGAUGCAAAUGUAAUCCAUGGGAAGCUGCUAAAAGAUCUUCUGUCUGCAGAGGAAUCAUCAACUCUUCAUAGAUUGAAGUGGCUUCAUAUUCACUCAGUACAGGAACUAGUUUCUCUCUCAAUCAGUAUUUUUACUGUAAAAUCGCUUACAAUUUCUGAAUGCCAAGAACUGAUUCAUUUGACUGCUGACUCUCCUACCUUUCUCCAUCGACUUGUAAUUGAUGAAUGUUGCAAAUUGACAGAUAUUUCAAGCGCGUUACAACAUCUCACCGAUCUCGAGGAAUUGGAAAUUCGGCAUUGUGAAGAAUUAGAUUUGGGAUAUAAUAAUGUCAGACCGACAGUUUGGCAAGGUCUCAAAAACCUCCAUUCCUUGGAAUUGCGUGAAAUUCCGAGACUAGAGAUGCUCCCUGAGGGAAUUGGUAGCCUGACGAUGCUUCAGAGGCUAAAAAUCAUGAGUCUCCCCAACUUAAGAACUUUAUCAGAUUGGAUAGGGAACCUCACUCAACUUCGCGUGCUUGAAAUUCGAGAAUGUCCUAAGUUGGUGGCACUUCCACAGUCUUUAUGUAGCCUCACUUCCUUGCAAGAACUUCGAAUAUCUUUGUGUCCAGAUCUUCACAGAAGAUGCGAAGGCCCAGAUGGCGAAGAUUGGUCUCUUGUUCAACACAUCCCUGAUCUAUGUGUGGGAUAAUUCCUCUGUAUCUUAAACAAACACAAUUACGAAAACCUCUCAAUUCAUAAUUUUUUUGGUGUACACGGUGCUUUUACAUUUUGAGAUGGAAAGAAAUUGGGUAAUGGGAGGUGGAGGUCACUGUCUUUUUCUUUUGUUGGAAAUGAAAGUUCCUAUCAAGAUAAUGAAUUUUUUUCUCGUGGGUUUUUAAUUUUUUUUUUAAAGUAAGGCUAGUUACUGUACAGUUCCUAAGUAAUACUCCCUCUGUAUCUUUUUAUCUUUCUCACUUAUUUAUAAUCUUGACACUAUUUACAAUCAGGACACUAUUUACAACCAGAGAUAAUCUUUUAGAUUUUUCUCAAUAUAUAGGAAAAAAUAUAGUCA